ACGUCGAAAACAAAAACUAAUUUUGCAAUUGCAGCCACAAUUAUUAGACCCAUGGGCAGUGGGAUUGCGGUGCAAUUGGUUCGAAAGUACGGCGCAGUGAUAUUCUUUCCCACUGUUGCAGUCGGAUCGAUUUACGCAGAUUGGUCGCAUACCCGCGAGUGGAAACGCCAGCAGCUUCAGUUGGCACGCAGCGCGCAGCUCAGGAGUCAGAGUUAAGGAAAUAGUACGU